AUGGCUAAUGCACUUUUUUCUUCCACAAUAGAGGUAGCAUUGGAGAUGACACUUUCCCUUGCCAAUGAAAGAAUUGGCAAGUUAUUCCAAUUGGAGGAGGAUUUGGAGACCCUGAGAGAAUCUGUUGCCAUGAUCCAAGCUGUCUUGGCUGAUGCGGAAAAAAAGCAAACGUAUAACCAGGCCGUGCAACUGUGGCUUCGGAGGCUGGAAGGCGUGGCGUUUGAUGCUGAGAAUUUGUUGGACGAGCUGAAUUAUGAAGUUCUUCGUUGCCAAUUCGUGGACAAGGUACGCUCCUUCAUCCUGUCCUCUGACAUUAAUAUUGUUUUCCGAUGGAGAAUGGCCUGUAAGAUUAGGGACAUCAACAAGAAGUUGAAUAAGAUCAAUAAAGAGGCCAGUGAUUUUCGGCUGGUCAGAAAUCAGGGGAAAACAUUCCCCCCAUCUACUACUGCUAAAGUCACACUAAAUGGAGAGACGGACUCUGUUGUUGGCCAUAAUGUUGUAGGAAGAGCUAAGGAUGAAACAAGUCUAGUCGAGACCUUGCUAAGCUUGUCAGAAAAAGAAGUUUCUGUAAUUCCCUUCCUUGGGAUGGGUGGAUUGGGAAAGACAACUUUAGCUCAAUCUGUUUACAACAAUCGUCAAGCUGAUAGCCAUUUUGAGAAAAAAAUUUGGGGGUUGAAUGCAACUAAUGGAAAUUGGUGUAUUGUGACUACUCGUAAACAACAAAUUGCAUCCAUUGUGGCCACACAUGAUUCUUAUGUGCUAGGAAAGCUAUCUGAAGACGAUUGUUGGUCUAUCCUAACAGAGAAAGCCAUUGCAGAUGGAGGAAUUCCCGAACAAUUGCAUGUCAUGAAAAAGGAAAUUAUAAAAAAAUGUUGUGGUCUACCACUAGCUGCAAGUGUAAUGGGAGGUUUAUUGCGCAUGAAGGGAAAAGAGGAGUGGCAAUUGAUUUUGAAGAAUAAGCUUUCAAUUUUGAGUGGAGAUGAAGAUGGUGUCAUGGAAAUACUUAACUUGAGUUUUGAUUGUUUACCAUCUCCAUCCAUUAAGAAAUGUUUUGCAUAUUGUUCUAUAUUUCCCAAGGAUACUGGGGUAGAAAGGAAUAUGCUUAUCGAACUUUGGAUGGCAGAAGGCUUCCUCCAAGCAGAUGUCAACAGCCAAAUGAUGAUGGAGGAAAUUGGAAUGAAUUAUCUGAGAAUUUUAUUGCAGAGUUCAUUGUUUGAAGAAACAAGCCAUGUUCGGGGAACAUAUUAUAAGAUGCAUGAUCUAGUGCAUGACCUUGCAGAAUCAGUGUCAAAGUCUACUAAAGUCAUUAACUCAGAGACUCAAUUAGUAGACAAUAGUAUUCAAGUUCGUUACCUUGCAAUAGACUCAUUUGGAGAACACACAAUGAAACUUCUUGAAAGCCUAUCAACUUCGCUUCAUACAUUGUUUAUAAGGAAUAGCUUGUUUGGUGAUCGCAUGUUACGGAAAUGGUAUGUUAACUUAUUUGGUGGUGGUAUGUUAAAGAAAUUGAAGAACUUUUUGCCAAAAUCUGUUUGUAAACUUUAUAAUUUGCAGACACUGAGGCUAAGUGAAUGCAUUGAUCUAAAAGAAUUUCCAAAGGGGAUGUGCAAUUUGAUUAACUUGAGACAUCUCCACUAUUACAAUCCUAAUGAAAAAUUUCAAAUGCCACUGAAUAUGGGACGAUUGACUUGCCUUCAGACGCUAGAGUUCUUUAACAUGGGUCAAGAGAAGGGUCGACAAAUUGGAGAGCUUGGAUGCUUGAAAAACCUCAAAGGCAGAUUGGUGAUACGCAAUCUUCAACUAGUAAAGGGUAAAGAAGGAGGUGAGGAAGCAAAUCUAUCUGAAAAGAUAAAUCUAUUCAGCUUACGACUUGAGUGGGGCCGGGAUCGAGAAGGCGACAACUACGGCGAAGAAGAUGUGUUGGACGGCCUUCGACAUCACCCAAAUUUGGAGGAGUUGGCAAUUUCAGGCUUUAUGGGCGAUCAAUUUCCUUGA